UUUUCCUAAAAAUACAUUCAACAAAUUCCUCAAUUUCUAUUCUCUGAGAGGAAAAACAAGAAAAAUUAUUCUCUUUGAUCAGACGACUAGAGAGAGAGAGAGAGAGGAUGAGGGAGGUUAUCAGCAUACACAUAGGGCAAGCUGGGAUUCAGGUGGGCAAUUCCUGUUGGGAGCUUUAUUGCCUUGAGCAUGGCAUCCAGCCCGAUGGCAUGAUGCCCAGUGAUUCCUCUGUUGGUGUUGCACAUGAUGCUUUCAACACCUUUUUUAGUGAGACUGGUGCUGGGAAACAUGUCCCAAGGGCUGUAUUUGUUGAUCUUGAGCCUACUGUCAUUGAUGAAGUCAGAACAGGGACGUAUCGCCAGCUUUUCCACCCUGAGCAGCUUAUCUCCGGGAAAGAAGAUGCUGCCAAUAAUUUUGCCAGAGGGCAUUAUACAGUGGGGAAAGAAAUUGUUGAUCUAUGCCUUGAUCGUGUCAGGAAGUUGGCUGAUAACUGCACGGGUUUGCAGGGGUUCUUGGUCUUCAGUGCCGUUGGUGGUGGUACUGGUUCUGGGUUGGGAUCCCUGCUAUUAGAGCGCCUGUCUGUAGAAUAUGGAAAAAAGUCAAAGCUUGGAUUCACCAUCUAUCCUUCUCCCCAGGUAUCAACUGCUGUUGUGGAGCCUUAUAAUAGUGUUCUUUCAACGCAUUCCCUUCUUGAGCACACUGAUGUUGCCGUGUUAUUGGAUAAUGAAGCCAUCUAUGACAUCUGUAGGAGGUCCCUAGAUGUUGAGAGGCCAACCUAUACUAAUUUGAACAGGCUAAUUUCUCAAAUCAUAUCAUCCCUGACCACCUCAUUAAGGUUUGAUGGAGCCAUAAAUGUGGACAUGACAGAGUUCCAAACCAACCUUGUACCCUAUCCCCGUAUUCAUUUCAUGCUUUCUUCAUAUGCUCCUGUGAUCUCAGCUGCCAAGGCAUACCAUGAGCAGCUUUCUGUCCCGGAGAUUACAAGUGCUGUCUUUGAGCCCUCAAGCAUGAUGGCUAAAUGUGACCCCAGGCAUGGGAAAUACAUGGCUUGCUGCUUGAUGUACCGAGGGGAUGUUGUUCCUAAGGAUGUCAAUGCUGCUGUUGCCACUAUCAAAACGAAACGCACAGUUCAGUUUGUUGACUGGUGCCCAACCGGCUUCAAAUGUGGAAUUAACUACCAACCCCCAACAGUUGUGCCCGGGGGUGAUCUUGCCAAGGUGCAGAGAGCUGUUUGUAUGAUCAGCAACAACACUGCUGUGGCCGAGGUGUUCUCACGCAUCGACCACAAGUUUGAUCUCAUGUAUUCCAAGAGGGCGUUCGUUCACUGGUACGUCGGUGAAGGCAUGGAAGAAGGAGAAUUUUCUGAAGCCCGUGAGGAUCUGGCUGCCCUCGAGAAAGAUUACGAGGAAGUCGGCGCUGAAGGUGUCGAAGAAGAUGAUGAAGGAGAAGACUUUUAAAGUGUGGCAUCUCGUCUAGGCAGGCUGCUGCCCUGAGCUUCAGCCAUUAGCCUGCUGAGAUAUUUUCCGAAUCUAUUUCUUGGUAUUGUAAAGUGUUGUUGUGUGUAAAGCUUUUGGUUGAUGUUGAAGUCUGUUGUUUAUCAGUGUUCCUUCUAAUUCAAGUCUUUAAGAAGUUCCUGCAUACAGUGGUUACCAAAAUUUUCAUGUAAACUCAUUUGAUUAAGCAUAUUUUAGUUUAAUUGGUUUAA